AUGAUCCCCAUCGUGUUGGCCUCAGUGCUCAUUGCUAGCGCCCUUGGGUGCGGCACCCCACCCAUUGAGCCCCUGACAUCCCGUGUUGUCAACGGGGUAGAUGCCAAGCCCCACAGCUGGCCCUGGCAGAUCUCCCUCCAGUAUGAAAAAGCUGGUGAAUGGAGACACACUUGUGGAGGAUCUCUGAUUGCUGCCAACUGGGUCAUGACCGCAGCUCACUGUAUCAACUCCAAGCUCUCCUACAGGGUGUUUGUUGGCAAACACAACCUGGUGGUGGAUGAAGCUGGCUCCAAGGCUAUCCUGCCUGAGAAGAUCAUUGUCCACCAGAAGUGGAACCCCAUCCUGGUGGCCCUUGGUAAUGACAUUGCCCUGAUCAAGCUGUCUGAGCCGGUGACUUUGAGUGACCAGGUGCAGUUGGCUUGUAUUCCUGCUGCUGGCACUGUGCUGCACAACCUCUAUCCCUGCUACAUCACCGGAUGGGGCAGGCUGUCCACCGGAGGCCCCAUUGCUGAUAAGCUGCAGCAGGCUUUGAUGCCUGUGGCUGACCAUGCCACCUGCUCCCAGCCUGACUGGUGGGGUAUCGCUGUCAGGACCACCAUGGUGUGUGCCGGCGGGGACGGCAUCGUGGCUGGAUGCAAUGGUGACUCUGGUGGUCCUCUGAACUGCAAGAACACUGAGGGAGUCUGGGAGGUUCACGGCAUUGCCAGCUUCGUCUCCGGUCUUGGCUGCAACUACGAGAAGAAACCCACCGUCUUCACCCGUGUCUCUGCCUUCAAUGACUGGAUCGACCAGGUUAUGAUGAACAACUAAAGCUGAAGGAGAAAGGUCAAUAAAAAAG